AUGUCGUCUCCAGCGGUACCCACCAGGGUCUACAGGUCGCCUGACUCCAGCACAGGGACCGUGACUUCUUGGAUCCCUUUCAACACUCCCUACAGUAUGCAUGUGGAGGACUGCACUUCUGCGUUCUGGCGUUGGGCUUCUGACUCGGAACUUGUCGCUUGGGACCCCGGGUACGGCAUCAGCGUCAACCGCAACUUGCGCUGCGUGCCGCAGGCGGUUACUACGUGGUGGGCGCAAGACUGGCUGGGAACCAACACCGAGACUGUCGUGAGCAUCGGACCCCUCACCUGUCCCGAAGCCUUCAGACAGGUUGCUACGCACGUCGAGGACGAGACUCGCACCAGGGUGGCUUGUUGUCCAUCAGGCUUUACUUUUAACACCUGGCAAACAUACGGAACUCCGGGGCAAUGCUACAGCGGGGUCGACCCAGGCUUCACCUUCACUGUUCAGACUAGCAACGAGCGCAAGGAAUGGAGUCCCACCACACUGACCACGAACACGACCACCUCGGUAUUAGCCGCUCACAUCAACGGCUGGAUCUUCGCCGCGGAGACGGGCAGUUCUGACUCAGCCCCGGCAAAUGGCACACCUUCGUGUCCCACAGACAGCGGAUCGCUCAGCACUGGGGACACAGUUGGCAUCGGCGUCGGCGUCGGGUUGGGGGUUGUCGGCCUUGCCACCUUGGCUACAGGGAUAUUCAUGAUGCGCCGGUCGAAGAAGAUUCAACGACGGGCGCAGGUAGCCCCGAGGCUCUCUACGCAUGUAGAUACUCGGCUGAGGAGGAGUUUUGGGCCCCAUUCUGAACUAGAGAGCCACGGUGGCUAUGGUUUGGGAGUGGAGAACAGGUAUAAAGCACCCCCGAGCGAGCUUCCCAGUGUAGAUUCGUAA